CAGCCGAAGCACUGUUGGUUCAUUGUCAAGGACUGUCUUCGAGUCCUGGAUUAUUUUGAAAAUUGUAAUCCUUCUCAUUGCAAAGAUUCACAUUCUACUCUACGCAUCGCAAAAUAAAACAUCGUUUCGACUUACACAAUAGGAGCCAAGAUGGCGACAGCGACAGGCAAUCUCGUCAACGACACUAAUGGGCUAGGGGACAAGUCCCACUCAUCAGACAUGUCUCCUGAGGUCGAGACCAAGCCUGCGAACCCAAUGGGCGAUAUCCCCAAUGGCGGAACUAUGGCGUGGCUGCACGUUUUGGGCGCCUUCAUGCUCUACUUCAACACUUGGGGUAUUCUCAACACAUUUGGUGUCUUCCAGACAUUUUAUGAAUCUGGCACACUGUUUGUGCAAAGCUCGUCCAAUAUUUCGUGGAUUGGAUCUAUCCAGGCGUUUCUGGUCCUUGUUGUUGGCUUUCUCUCUGGCCCAAUCUAUGAUGGCGGCCAUCUACGAGCCCUUCUCGUUACCGGCUCGUUUCUUAUUGUUUUCGGCCACAUGAUGCUCAGUCUAGUCACCACGUACUGGCAGGCUGUUCUGGCACAAGGUGUCUGUAUUGGGUUGGGCUCUGGACUCAUCUACGUGCCGGCCGUGGCCAUCCUGCCCACCUACUUUAGCACCCGUCUUGGCCUAGCGGUUGGUCUAGCGGCAGCCGGCUCCAGCAUUGGUGGUAUUAUUUACCCAAUCGUGUUUUACAAGCUCAUUGCAUCUAUUGGAUUUGGCUGGAGUGUCCGGGUUGUUGGGUUCAUUGCCUUGGCUACGCUUGCCAUCCCCAUCAUGGUGAUGAAGAUGCGUGUCAAGCCACCCAAGGCUCGUGCCCUCUUUGACAAGUCUGCUCUCACCGAUUGGCCGUUCCUCCUCUUCACGCUGGCGACACUUAUUGGAUUCAUGGGUCUAUACACCAUGUUUUUCUACCUGUCGUACUAUGCAGAGGCCAACCAUAUCACCUCCACCGACUUGGCGUUUUACUUGGUGCCCAUUCUCAACGCCUCGUCAAUCUUCGGCCGAACUAUCCCCAACGCAGUCUCCGACUCGACUGGCACCUUCAAUCUGAUUGGCCCUGGUGCUAUCAUUGUGGCCAUUAUUAUUUUUGGCAUGCUUGGCGCCAAAUCCGUCGCUAGCGUCGUCAUCCUUGCUAUCCUUUUUGGUUUCUUCUCUGGCGUCUUUAUUGCGCUGCCCCCUGUCUGUAUUGUCAGACUGACCAAGGAUCGCGCCACGAUCGGUACUCGCAUGGGCAUGGCCUUUGGUAUUAUCGGCCUUGGCGUCUUUGUUGGUGGUCCUGGCGGUGGCGGUCUACUCGCCAGCGGCUCAGGAAAUAACUGGGAUGCCCUCUGGACAUUUGGUGGCGUGGCAUCUCUUGUGUCCGGCGUGCUCUUCAUGGGCGUCCGUGUUUGGAAGGCGGGCUUGAAGCUAGUCAAGGUCUAAGUUUACGCUGCCCUGUCUGGCCGCCUGUCAAAGAUCGUGAUGCGAUCGGUGAGCCCACUGAAAAUCUCGCCGCUGGCCUCGCUGCAACCAACUGCAAGGGAUAGCUUCAGUGGAGUCCAGCGGAGGUGGGUCAGCGAUUCACUGUAACUCGGAAGAUAGAAAAUGC